AUGGCGGACGCGUAUUCGUAUGCUCUUCGCCUCGAACUCGAAGCGGACAACAUACCGAGACUAAAAAACAAGUUAGUGAAAUACUUUCAGAGUAAGAAGUCCAACGGCGGAGACUGCGAGGUCGAGUAUGUAAACGGCAGCGGGACAGCGGUGCUGCGCUUCCGCCGAGAGCAGGACCAGCAAAAUGUUUUGCAGAAAGAGACACAUCAGAUCCGUUUGGAUAAAGGCGUGUUGAAUAUGACAGUUACCUACUUACCUACAGAUGUGUCGACAGAGCAGGAAGCUCCAUCGGAUGAACUCAACAAGAAAUCGGAUGCUGCUGUGAUCAACAAGCAAUCGAGUUCCGAUGACCAUACACCUGUCGUCGAGGUUCAGACAGAGGCGAAAGGUGGAGAAGAUGAGACAGCAGACGAAGAGGUGUGCUCCACUUCUUCUGUUUUAGGAAAUAUUCCAGAGACUUCAAACCAGGAGUUUUUGGAGAUGCUGGUGGAGAACGUUUUAAAGGAUUCUGACUCUCCAUCUACCACCCAAAGCUUCACUCUGGAAGUCAUUCCUGACAUCUCCUCUGCUGUGGUGGCUUUCGAGAGUGGAAAAGAAAACACUGAUUUCGUGACAAGAUGCCCCCAAAACAGGACAUUCACAAAGAAGGGACUAUCAGUCCGGCCUCUUGAAGUCACGGACCAAAUUGUAGUUGAAGACAUACAUUUUAGUGAAGAUCUCCUCCGCCUUUAUUUUGAGAAUGCAGGAGGGGAUGUGAAAAAUGUUGUGUUUGAUGCAACGGAAAAGACUAUGAUCAUCACCUUUGAAGACCAUAAAGCUGUUCAGAAAAUCAUAAAAAAGAAGCAUCACAUCAAGAAGGAAGAGAUCAAAGUUUAUCCUUUAUAUAAGUCUUUGGGAACAGCCCUCUAUGGCAAAGAUAGGCCCUUGUUAAAACUCCCUGCUGCUGUCUCUGAGUCCGUUGACGAUGCUGUCUGGAGAUACCUAAAUGACAAUCAAUCAGCUGCAGAGACCAUUCAACGUCAAAUGGCAGAAGACUUCUGCAGCGUGAACCUCGACCAAUCCGCUGUGUGCUUGAGCCCCCUAUCUUCACUACUACAGGAAAAAGAUGCCAAAGUCAUUGUAAAAAAGUGGAGAGAUACUGUGAAGUCAGCCUUUGUACAAGCUCUGUCAAAAUUCAAAUCCCUGAAGCUCAGGCCAGAGUCUGAGGCAUGGGAGGAGGCUGAGGAGAAGAUCAGAGAGAUGCUACUGAAUAAACACGUGGUUGUAGUGCCGGAUAAAGCCAGAGGUGUCUUAUCAGUGGCCGGUCCUGUGGCUGAUGUUGACAGACUAGAGCCAACUCUUAAAGAAGUCGUUGACAAGAUUGCCAGAAGGAUGCAGAGGGCGAAAUUGAGCGUGACCGAAGAGAUCAAAAUAUUGCCAUCUAUUCACCACAUCCUAAGUCAAGACGGUCUUCAGGACAAGCUGCUACAGGUGUACCCAGAACUGCAACUAUCAUAUAGGAAAGACUUUUUGAUAGUAACUGGCUUUAGGGAGGAGAUUUUCGCAGCAAGUAAAGUCAUAUAUGAUGCAAUGUUAGCACUCAAACGGCAGAAUUUAGAAAUAGAUAAUAACGUGCUUGACUUGUUGAAGGGUGGACAACAAGAGGAGCUGACAAAUGCUCUCCUCACAUCGGCUGGAAUAAAUGCAGCAUUUGAGAUCAAUGCUAACAGGGUGCAGCUCCUUGCUACUUCCGACAGAGAUCUGAAUGAUGCUGAAGACCAUCUGAAGAGGCUGCUAGUAUCACAAAACAUUGACGUUGAAGACAGCAAUGUCCUGGCGAAGCCAGAGUGGCAGGACCUGCUCAGUCAGUUAGAGAAUGCCGACAAUAAGUCAUGCAGGAGAUUUCGAAUCGACACCACUGGCCAACAAGUCGUGGUGUCUGGUCACAAGGACAGUGUCAAAACAGUAAGCGAUGAACUUGAUGACUUCUUAACGCAGAAUGCUCAAAUUGAAGAAACCGUUGUGGUCAAGCCCAACACCAUAGUUGAAUACAUUGAAAAACAAGACACAUCUUGGUUGGAGCCAGUGGGAGACAAGGUGGUGGUGUCUUACAGAAAGGAGGCCGUCGGUCUUAGUGGUUCCAGAGUUGAUGUCACAGAGUGCAAGGCCUUGGUUGAAAACCUGGUCUCUUCUGUGUGCUUUGACAAUUUUAAAAUCUCCAAGCCUGGAGUGAAGAAGUUAUUCAAAGAUAAAGCAGCUCUAUAUGUUGCCUCGCUCGAGAGUGAAACCGGCUGCCUGGUCAAGCUGGUUGAUGAGACUAGUGGUGGACAGGACGACUUGGCCCAAAAACAAGCACAAAAGCCUCAGCUUCAGACACCCAACAGUUUGGGAAAUCAUGGCGUCAGUCCAUCUCCACAAACCCCCCUUCUCAAGACCACCAAGUCUCCCCUUGUGACACCUGGUGCAUCUGACCCUAACUGCCUGGGUCAAGUGCAGACCAAAGAGGGCUUGGCCGUCACUCUCACCAAAGGAAAUAUCGAAAACGCAACGACGGACGUGACUGUCAAUUCUGUGGCUGAAGAUCUUGAUCUGAAAAGAGGGGCAGUUUCACACGCCAUCUUGAGUGUGGCUGGAUCCAAACUUCAGCAGUUGGUAAACGCAAAUCAUGCUAGUGGAAAUUUGGGCGAGAUCAUUGUUACUGAUGGCUGCAAUAUGAAGAGCAAACAAGUCUUUCAUGCAGUUGCGCCUCAUUGGGACAAAGGACAAGGCACAGCAGAUAAGCUCUUGAGUGGCAUUUUCAAGGAUUGCUUGGCCAAGGCAGAGGACAGUGGUCUGACCUCCAUAUCCUUCCCCGCCAUCGGCACUGGAAACCUGGGUUUCCCAAAAGACCUUGCGGCAUCACUGAUGUUAGAUGAAAUCUUGGCGUUUAGCACUAACAAACAACCUAAACACUUGAAGAAGGUGGUGAUCAUCCUUUACCCACAAGAUGCACAGACUAUCCAGAAUUUCAGUGAUGUAUUCGCAAAGAAGUUCCCAGACGCCUCAGUCUCCACGAGUCCCCCACAAAGUCAAGGUCCCUUCUCUAAAGUCGUCUCGAGCUCAGUAAUGCAUGAGACCAAAAUGGGAAAUGUGGCCGUGCAGGUGGUCACAGGAGACAUAACCAAGGAGACCUCUGAUGUCAUUGUCAACUCCUCCAAUGAAAAAUUCUCUCUUAAGUCAGGAGUAUCCAAGGCAAUUAUGGAUGCAGCUGGCCAGGCUGUUGAAGCAGAAUGCACAACCCUUGGUGCCCAGCCCAACCAAGGCAUUAUAAUAACCCAGCCAGGCAACCUCAAGUGUAAGAAGAUCCUCCACCUAAUUGGACAGACGGAUCCAGCAAAAAUCAAGAAGGCUGUGACAGACGCACUUCAGAUGUGUGUGACCAACUCAUACACUUCUGUUUCAUUUCCUGCCAUCGGCACAGGUCAAGGCAAUGUAAAGGCGCAGACAGUGGCCGACGCCAUGUUGGAUGCAGUGAUUGAUGUGUUGGGCCAAAACACUCCCGGCCCCCUGAAGACAAUUCGGAUAGUUAUUUUCCAGCCUCCCAUGCUGAAAGACUUCUACAACAGUAUGCACCAAAGGGAAGCCCCUGACCCCAAUAAUAUAGGCGGGUUCUGGGUAAACAUCGGCUCCAAAAUUAAAUCAUUAUUUAGUGGUGGAACAAGUGGUGACAAGCCACAGAAAGUAGGGGAUUUUGUCAUCGAGGCUCUGAAAGCAGACCCUGCUUCCUUCCACAUCUGCGGCGAGUCGCAGGCUAGAGUGGACGUAGCCAUACUGCGGCUAAAGAACAUGAUAACCCAAGAACAAAACAACAUCUGCAUCAAUGACAACUCCAUCCUCAGUUUCUCUGACGCGGACCACCAGCGCAUCGUUGCCAUCCAGAAGACCAUGGACGUGGAGAUAAAGACCGAGAGCAAGAACGCCCAGGCCUCGUUGACCAUCGAGGGGCUCAGCAAGGACGUUCUCAAAGCCAGCAACGAGAUCCAUGAGAUGCUGAAGUUGGCGAGAGAUAAGGAUGAGCUGAAGAAGAGAGCGGAGAAGGCGGGCAUAGUGGCAGACUGGCAAUACCAGAAGCAGGGGCUUCAGUUUCAGAGUUUUGAUUUGAUGACCAACUAUAGGCUUGAGGAAGCUUUGGAAAAUAAGCAAGCAAGCGUGAAAGUUACAGUCCUGGGUCAAGACUACACUGUCACCAUGCCAAAGGGACCAGCCACUGAUAAACAGGGAUGCAUCCUUCAGAUCAAUCGCAUUGACAAACUAAAAGAUGAAGAAACGCCUGGACACUGGGAUAAGAUGCCAGCCAACACCACGAGUCUGGCCGUAGCCAUCAAGGCUGGGAUAGCAGAGUACACGGAAGUCCUCAAUCUGUUCCAGGCCACCUGCAAACAACAAACCAUUAUUAAGAUUGAGAGGAUCCAGAACCCUGUACUGUGGAAGAGCUUACAGAUCAAGAAGCGCGACAUGGAGCAGAGGAACAAUCAUCAAAACAACGAGAAACGCCUCUUCCAUGGUACCGACCACAACACUAUGGCCUACAUCAACGAGCACGGCUUCAACAGGAGCUACGCAGGAAAGAACGCUGCUUGUUACGGCAACGGCACAUACUUUGCUGUCAACGCUAACUACUCAGCCCAGGACACCUACUCCAAGCCCAAUCCAAAGGGGGAAAAGUGCAUGUAUCUCUGUCGAGUGCUGACAGGGGAUUUUACCACCGGGCAGAGAAAUAUGAUCAUACCGCCGGCCAAGGGCCCCAUCUCCGUUCAGAAGUACGACAGCGUGGUGGACAACAUGGCAGGACCCGCCAUGUACGUCAUCUUCCACGACAGCCAGGCUUAUCCUGAAUAUCUGAUUACAUUCAAGUGAAACAGCCAUGCACUGAAGUUAAAAAAAAAAAAAGCCUUACAUUUGACACUGCCUUACAACAUGGAAUAACUGUUUACUAGCUGAUUCAUAUUGUUUUUCUUGAGAUAUUUGGUUAAAGCUUCCAAUUAGUGCAAUAAUGUGAUGUAUUUGUUUACAAGCAACCUGUUAUGAUCACUAGGGUCAGUUAUGGAGGUAUUAACUGUCAGAUCCAUAUAGUGCCUUGAAAUAAUCUAUUUUAACACAGAAUAAUUAUGCAAGAGGAAAUCAAAGAGGGAAAAGAAGAUGAAUGGGUUCUCCAAAUAUAUUUUUGCUUUGUUUGUUAUGUUUUGCAAUUUCAUUCAACAUUUCACACUGUUUUUGGCCCGUGGGAGGAUAAUGGAAAGCACCUGCUCUGCUCCAGGAAAUGAUGGGAUGUUAAAAGCUUGUCUGGCAUGCAUGUGUAGAUCAGGUCAACCUUCACUUUUGGUUGUGAAAGGAAAAUUGAAAGUAAACUGCUGUUCCAGUAAACUGGCCUGCACAAAUAAAAGGUAAUUCAAGCACACUAAUGUGUUGAGUGCUUUCUGUAUAUUUAAUGCACAGUUAAUGCUCCAUCUCUAUAUAUUUGUAUCCAUUUUUUGUCAAUAAUAGCAGCAUACAUAGUAAAAAGAGAAUGUUUCACCUUUUGUUUAAGUCAUUUUUAUCAAACAUCAACAAACAUAUCUUUUAAAGGCGGAAUUUGUCAAAUCUUGCCCAUUGUACCAUUACAUAUAUAUGCAUAUAAUAUAUACAUAUAUAUAUAUAUAUAUACAUUUAAAGAAGAUUUCAAACAUCACCCAAUGUUAGAUAACGAUUUAACUGUUUCCACAUCCCCUCAUAAACCCCUCAGUUUACCUCUCAAAGUAAUUUAUUCCCAUUCUAUACAAUAAAGGUUAUAUUUCUAACACAGACACCAAUGUUUGAUUUAU